AAUUAUCCUUACAUGUCAAGAACUCGUGAUUUGAUCUAUUUUAUUCAUUUGACUGAACAGUUAUAUAAAAUUUGUGCACAGUAUUUUGAAUUGUUAAAAAGUUCAUGUGUUUUUUUUUAUCUUGAUGUUCUGUGCUCACUAAUCUUAGCCAAGGUGUGGAUCAUGUGAGUCACUUCACAGUCUUAAUUACUCUAUAACAUUUGUUUUGCAGUGUUUUGGCAAGAUUGCUGGAUAAGUUUUUACAAUAUUCUCUCAGGGCUCUGCUCUUUUUCCCUCUUAAGCUGCAAGUUAAUUUAUUAAGAGAGGGAGAGACAUGUACAGAAGAGAAUGGCAGACUUAAACAGUCUUCUGGAAAGUAUCAAGACAGGCCAGGUGGUGGGUCUACAAAGUGAUAUUCAAAGAUUCUUGGAGAUACCACAUAAUGCCAAUGGGGAAGGACAGCAAAUCAUCAGAUAUUGUUCCCGUUAUGUGUAUGAGAACCAAGAUCUCGAGCAGCAGACUUUCUCUGCUAUAUUGGACAUAAUUGACAUUGCUUGUAAAUACCAGCAUACACAAAUUGCAAGUGACACAACUUUUCAUGUAAAAUCUAUGUUUUACAUCAUAUUGAUUUCCACAAAAAGAAAGGAUCUGCACCAUUAUUUGGCUGGGCUGAUCACCAGUUUGGAACCGUUCUUGAAUAAGUGUGACACUUCAAAUGGUGAUGCCUUAUCCAUAGUGAAGAGUCUAUAUCAGAGUGUUUGGAAUGCUAGUUUAGUUGCUACUUCACCUGUAGAGGCUCUUACUUUGCAAAGAUUUGCAUUACAAUACCUCAUUGCUUCAGGAUCAAGUGUAUCAAAAGUGUGUGGACAAGCUCUAAAAGCACAUCUCAGUUAUGAACAAGUACAUAAGUCGUCAGAACACCUUGAUACAUUUUAUCAGUGUAUCAUCAGUAAGUUGACAGAGACUGCUAAAAUAGAGAGAAAAUAUGAUGAUGAUGAAGUGUUAGCUGUAUUUGGUCUAGUCAUGGAAUAUGCAAAGAUUGUUGUUAAGUUGAAUGUGUGUGCACUGUUCAGCAAAAUAACUUGCCCAUUUGUUACUUUCUGUGAAAGUUUUUGUGACCAACAAAUUAUCCUAGCCUUAAAAGUUGGUCUUAAACUUACUGAGGUGGGCAUGGCACUCAAGGUUGGCAAAUGUAAGGAAGAGAUGAUGGUCAAGCUGGUCACAUCAUUUCGAGUGGUUCCCAUCGUCUUUGUGCCAAACACAAUCAUGCUAGUCAGCUUGUUGAAUACAAUAGCACUUUUUGAAUACCAACAGGAUAAGGAUAUUCUAUAUUCUUUAAAUAGUCAAGUGCUGUCAUGUCUUGUGGAGGCUCUACUUGAAAGAUGUAAUACACCAUUACAAGAAGAAAAUGUCAAGAAGGUUGCUACUGUAUUACAUCAGCAGUUAGGCUGCUUUGUUGGCAUGAUGAAAACUUCUCCUGAUCACAAGAUACUGACUCAAGCACUAACCUGGGUCAUUAAAACAAAUACGUUUAUGUCUACUCAUUGUGGUAAAACAUCCGAUGCAGUGUGGAAUAUUUACAAUGUUGGAGUCAACUCUGGUAAUUUAGGAGUGCUUGCUUUCCGAAUUAACAAGUACGAUAUGGCAGCUAAAUUUCUUGAAACCUCUGUAGACAUGCUGGACAGGUACCAUGUAUUAGCUUCAGAAGAACAAAAGAUUGUUGUGGCUCCAUCAUUAAGCAAGAAAGUGAAGCUGUGGAGUGAUGCUCUCAGGUACCAUGAGAAUUUAUGGGAGGCAGGCGUUGCUGCUGCUCGUGGACACAUCAGAGGCUGCCUCACUCUUGAUGACUUGCUCAUAGUAUGGAUCAAAUGCAAGAGAGAUGCUGAGAAAUCUGGAAAUAAAAAUUUAAGGGGGCUAACAGUUUGUGAUGUCGUGAACGAUGCCAAAAGAAAGUAUCACGAGGCAGAAGAAUUCACUUUCAACAAUGCUACAGCUCUUCUCUCAGAAAUCAGAUGUUACAAAAAACAGAGUUAUGAUACAACUGAGGAUGUGCUGUCUUGUGGGAGAGCACUUGUUGAAUGUGAGGACAGCGCAGAGAUGAGAGUUCGGGGCUAUCUAGUUAUAGCAGAAGCAGUGUGGAUUUGCCCUAACCUUGCCUCUGGAGACCAGGAGGCUAUCCAGUGUAUCAACAAAGCCCUUAGCAUAGUACAAGAAGCUAUGAAAAGUACCAUAUCUUACUAUAAACUGCGGGAAUUGGAAGCUUUAUCAUAUUUCUGGCUGUACCUUUGCCGUUUGCAACGAAUUCAAGAUACAGCUGCAGCUGAGACUGAGGAAUCUGAGAAGCCCAUCUCUCUGACUACUCAAGCUACAGAUCUUGGAGAAGAGGAGCAAGUGGAUGAUACGUGUGAUGUUCGCCCUUCAGCAACCUGCCUCACACUUCAUGCCCAAGAGGUCUUUUUUGCACCUCUUCAUACUGCACUUAAUAUAUGGAAUGAACUGAGCUCUCAGGAAGUCAGCCUUGAAGAUGUGGAAGUGACUUGUAGCUGUUUGACAUCAGCAGGUUAUGUAUACCAACUUUCUGGUCUGAUCACUCCCACAGUGUGCUCCUGGGCUACACUUGUAUCCAUUGCCAGCAAACACUCCCUCCAUACCUAUCUUAUUAAAGGUUUAAGUGAACUGUUAAUGAUAGUUCCUGAAUUAGUGCCUAUUGAGCUUGUAAAGGAGGCAGAGAAAGCAAUGGUUUCUUGCCAAGCAGCUAGUCAAGAUUCUUCCCUUGCCUACCUCUGUGUGUCUACCACAGCAGCCAUCGCAUUCUACCAUUACAAAUUGGGACAGUAUGAUGAAGGUGCCAAGUAUUUAAACCAAGCUAUGAAGUCUGAUGUGAUGGAGAAGAGAACCCUGAGAGCCACAGAGGUCCAGGCUUUGGUUCAUCUUGUUGCUUCUCUGUAUGCUUGGCUUCCUCACUGGGUGCUCAGGGCUCCACAACAGUCUUCCCAACCUUGUAUAUCCUUUGCUAUCCUAGCAUGUAGGGAGGCCAUUGCAUUGGUUGGAACAACUUCACUUUCAAUUAAUGAUGUGAUAUGUUGGAGACAUCGUUUGGUGUGGCUCCAUCUAACAACAGCUAUGUGGCUAGGGAAACUUUGUCUAACUUCAGCACAGCCUCGCUUAGCAAGAGCCUACCUCAAGCAGUCUCUAGGGCUCGCUCAGCGGCUGGCUCUUCCUCUCAGAACUGCAGAAUUACUGGAAUUAUUAGCACAAGUGGAUCUUCUUUGUGACCAGCUUGAAGACUGCAGGGUAAAGGUGGACAGUCUACAGUCUCUUACUGUAGCACAUUCAUCACACCAACAAAGUUUAGAAACAAUAACACCUGAUUUCUCUAAAAUGACUAUUUCUCACUGCACAUCUGAAAUGAAAAAAACUAAGCAACUCUAUAAAAAGUCUGUCGAUUCAGUAUUGGACGAUGAAGAAAGGAUGCGUACUGGUAGUGGAGUUUCAGAAUAUGAUUUAAAAUCAUUAACUGACAAUCCAGCUCUAGUUGUCAUAGGACCAGAGGGACGCAUCAGCCAGUUAAUAAACCCUCAACACCCAGCUUCUCCAUCGAUGAAGUACAGAGAGGAGGCCACGAUAGCUCACUUUGAACCUUGUCCUCGGGGAAUUGUGGACUGUGUUGUAUGCACCACACCUACUGUUCAGCAACUACAUAUAUCAACAGCAGUGUUGUUAGCACUUCUGCACUCACAUGCAGGAUACCAUCUUGCUGCAGAAAAAUGUCUAAAUAAGGCCAUGGCUAUGUAUAAUGUUGCCGUUGAGAAGGCAUCCCAAAUCUCCAGCCACCUCACUUUUCUUAUAGAGAAGAAACCUAAGGGACAAAUGGCCACAUCCUCUGACUAUGUUAUGUCAAGACUAAAUAUGGUACACCUUCGAAUGUUACAUGCAAAGGCAGAUUGUCUGGCCUUAGAAAAGAAAUAUCAGCAAGCAUUCAGUGUCAAUCUGCAACUACUUCAAGAUUUGUGCCUACAAGAGCCUAAGCUGUUGUAUCAAGAUAUGCACUUCAUCAGCGUAGUUAUCUUGCAAGGCCAUGCCUUACAGCGGGCAAUAGAACAGACUGAUACCAUAGAGUGUGCUGGUGAAGUAUGUGAAGAAAGCCAAGAGGAACAUGAGAAAUGUAAGAAUGAUUGGAAGACUCCAUUAAAAGCUCCACCAAAGGCACUUACCAACUCGUGCAUUAAAUCAGCUCGACGAGAACUCACUAUUCCCGGUCCUUCUCUGGCUGAAGAAAAAGGAUUCAUUAUCUACAGUGAUGAUGAUGACAUUUCAGAGGAAUUAGCAAUACCCCUUAAAAUUACUUCACCAACCCCAAAUAAAAAAUUACCUGCUAAGCCAGUCAAAAAACAAGUUCGUAAGUUCAUUGUGAAGACCAAAACAGCUGGUAGUACCACAAAGAAAAUGGAUGAUGCAAGUGAGGUAGCAUCUAAUUUCUCUAAGUUAAAUUUGGAUGAAAGCCCCACAAAACUUGUACUGAAAGUCCCAAGUGCCUUUCCACUCACACCUAAUAAAAAUAUUCCUGGUUCUGCAAAAGCAGAUAAUUUGUUUGCAGAUAUUUCUAUUCCCCAUAUUGACAAAUCACAAAAAAAGGGUAAGGUUGUUCGUAGAGCCAAAGCAUCAUCUAUUUGUAAAACAAUUAAUUUUAGUGAAAAGGACACCUCUAGUAAUGACAGUUCAAGGGGUAGUGAUGACAUAGAAUUAUGUAUUGAUUCUAAAAGCAAAACAGUCCCAAAACAAGCCAGAGCAACAAGGGCAGCACGAGGAGUUAAUCAUGAGAAGCGGAAUGCAGAAUCAAACUCUAAACCUAAGAAAGUGGCAGAAACAAGACCCUCAUCCAGGACGAGAGCAAGUAGGUCACUCAGAUUAGUAUGAUUAAAUUUUUUGUAUUUUAAUUAUUAUUUGUAAUUAUACUUUUGUAUCAUCCUGUCUUCUUAUUGUACACUUGUAAUCAAUUAUUAAUAGUAUAUGUAUUUGGGGAGUUGUAAGUAUAGUUUGCAAACUUAUUAUAUUUACAUUGGUAAAUUUUUAAUUUAUGUGUAUAUAGUAUUAUGGAGAAGCUUUUAUGACAAAAAAAUUAUUAACAAUGACUUGGCCUUAUUGGUAGAUAUAACAGUUGAUUGUAUGUGAAUUACCAAAGACUUUAGCAUUAUUUGAGUGUUAAUUUCUAAAUGCAAUGAAUGCAGCACACUGUUCUUAAAUAACAACAGAACAUGAUUGCAUUAUUUUUCCUUAUAAUACUAGCACAUCUUACUUGAUUUUUAUUCAUCACUUUAAGGAGUCUGUACAGUAUUUGUAUGAUUUCUGCUGGGAUGGCAGAUAUUAAAGAUACUGGUGGAAUAAUUACAUUCGUUUAAUUGUUUUGUCGAGUCCUAAGAUUAAAUGAACAUACAUUAUACAGUAGUUUCCCAACUUAUGAUGUAAAUGCAUUACAGGUAAUUCACUAAGUUAUUUGUUCGGUACUCUGCACCUAUUUUCCUAUAAACAUUGUAAAAUGAAUUUAUGCAUUCCAAAGCCAUGUUUCGUAUCUAAUUUCAGUUAAUCUGUUUUCCUAUGAAUGUUCACCCUGCCUCGGUGGGAUAUGUCCGGUGCGUUGAAAGAAGAAAGAAAGUUUAUCCAAUAUGUUACAUUCAGUACUGUUCCCUUUCAUUUACAAAUAGAGGAUGAGAGGGGGGUUGUGUAACAGUUGAUGGUGCUGGUGUGAGGGCGAUGUGUGAAUGAUAGGUGGUGUGGGUAGGUAGGCAAGUGGGUGGGUGAGGGUGAGUAUGAAUAAGGUACAUGCAUAGUGUGAGGGAGAGUGUCAUCAUUGUGUGGUGGUGUCUUGGUCCAUCUGUUUACUGAACAUGUCACGACACUGCUACUCAGCUAGCAGUGUUAAUUGUGGGGGAAAGGGGGGGUCCUUCAGUGCUAACAACCAACUUGCCCACCUCUCUGCAACACCAGCCUCUGCCAGUUUUCCCUCAGUCAAUCACUAAUGUACUAAUACAGCAUAAAUGUUGAAUCUUUAGUUCUUGACCAGUCUUUACCAAACAAGUAUGAGUUUCCACGUAUGCAAAGAAUAAACAUAGUUUGAAUGCAUUUGGUAAAAAAAAAAAAAAAAAGCUAACCAAGAAAAAAAUAUUUAUGAUUUGCAUUUAUGAAAUUUGUUAUCCCAGUGUUGGAAGAGUGAGUCAUUGUUCAUGAGUAAUUAAUUGGUUCCAAAAUGCCAAUGUUGAGUGUAAAACCUUGUAAAUUGGAGUUCUGCUAUGUAAUAUUUGAUAGAAUUUCAGUUGAAUAGAGACUUCAAUGGAGUUACUCUCCAGGUACAACCAUACAUUACAGUACACUAGAACUUCAGUAUGCAGUUCAGUAUUCUGAUCUAAAUUUGAAUUAAUCAUGAUGGUUUCAUCAUUCCAAAAAUGUCAACAUUAUUGAUAUCCACAGAUAGAAUUUUGCAAAAAUCAUUGAUACUGAAGCCACUUGCUACCUGACAAAGUGCCAACCUACUGCUUAUUCUGUCAGUUUAACACUCCGAUUCACCUCUGUUUUCACUGUUACAUUAGUGUCAAGAAUGUUUUAGUAUAAACCAUACCACGGACGGGGAUAGAACCCGCAAUCGCGGGUUCUAUCCCCCUCCGUGGUAUGGUUUGUUUGCAAUCGUGUCAUUACGAUUUCGUGAGUCAUGUUUUAGUUUAAUGUGUAUACCAAUUUUGUGAGGAGUAUAUCUAAUAAGAAAAUGCUAUUUGUGUUGUACCAAAGCAGCAUCACCAAGAGAUAUAUAAUUAAUAACAUUUGCUAUCCAGUGUCACAUACAAGUAAAACUGAUACUAAAAUAUUUUUAUUAAAUGUAAAAUAUAUGUAUGGUAUUUAUUAGAGAAAAAAGAAUGGUGAAACUAAUAUAAAGAAAUCUCAACUAAGUGAUACAUACUUUUAUUAAUAAAACUUAAUUAUUCUGAUAUACAGCAAUACAGAGCAGCCUUUGUAAGCAGUGAAAAUAUACAAAUUAUUUUUCUCCAAUGUUUGUUUAGAAAAUUUUCCGUAAUAAACUUUUUACAAAG